ACUGGGGGAAACAUUUGUCGAGCGCACGCGUGCAGGGGAUCGGUGCUGAAGGGUGAAGGGAAGGAGACACGUGAUGGCUCUCGCCUGCUGCGGGCGGCUGCUGAGGAGUGCGGCGUCCGGGGGAUGUGUGCGGGCUCCUGCUGCAGCCUUGCUGCUCCAGCCGCCCCUCCGGUGUCAGAGUUCAGCUCUGCAGCCGAGCUAUGUCCCAAAGACGUCUCUAUCUGAACCACCUUGGCCCAAGAUCAAACUCCCAGAUGCCGUUGAAGAAGCAGAGGAGCACAGAGAGCUCGUUACUAAAGUAAACGGCCUCAUCGCCACGGGACAGUUUGGUCGUCUCUUUGCUGUCAUCCACUUUGCAAGUAAACAAUGGAAAGUAACGAACGAGGACCUUGUUCUAAUUAACUACUCUGUGGACGCGCAGUGUGGAGAGAGGAUUCGGCUGGAAAAAGUUUUGAUGGUUGGCAGUCAUAAUUUUACAUUGGUAGGAAAGCCUCUCCUUGGGAAGGAUUUGGUUAGAGUGGAAGCAACAGUGAUUGAAAAAACAGAGUCGUAUCCAAAGAUUAGCAUGAAGUUCUGGAGACGACACCGGCACCAGAAGAUGAAAACAACUAUCAAACCACAGACCAUUCUGAGGAUCAAUACCAUUGAAAUUGCUCCAGCGUUAUCGUGACUUUAUGUAUUAUUGUUUUCUACCAUAGUUUCAGUUAUUAAAGACCACUAUGAAAAACA